UAUACAAUGAUUAUGAUUACUAUAUAUAUUACAAUAUAUCUUCAUCUUCUAAAAUAUAGCUUAUUCAAAUGGCUAGCAGUAGCAGCAGCGGCUCCUCUUCUUCAGAUCUGAUGAGAUUGCCAGAGAGGAGGAAUUAUUAUGACGUGUUUGUCAGCUUCCGAGGUGAAGAUACUCGCUUCAAUUUCACUGAUCAUCUUUUUACUGCCUUGAAGAAAAAAUGCAUUAGUGCAUUUAGGGAUGGAAAUGAUCUUCAAAAAGGUGAACCCAUAGGACCCGAACUCCUUCGUGCAAUCAAAGACUCUCGGGUUUUCGUUGUGGUAUUCUCAAGGAACUAUGCUUAUUCGACAUGGUGCUUACAGGAAUUGGAAAUGAUAUGUGAAUGCGCUCAAAUGUCUAGAAAAUGGGUUCUGCCUGUUUUUUAUGAUGUUGAUCCUGCAGACGUGAGACAUCAAAGAGGAAUUUAUGGUAAGGCCUUUGUCAAACAUGAACAAAGAUUCCAGCAACAAUCUGAGAAGGUGCAAAGAUGGAGGAAAGUUGUAACUCAUCUUGCCAAUUGCUCCGGAUGGGAUCUACGCCAUAAAUCACAAUCUGCAGGGAUCAGAAAGAUUGUUCGAAGGAUAAAAAAUAUAUUGCAUUGCAGAUCUUCAAGUGUUUUAACAGAUUUAGUUGGGAUGGAUUCUCGUAUUGAAGAGUUAUUUCUACUAUUGGACUCACUUGAUGAAGUCCGUGCUGUAGGAAUUUGUGGGAUGGGAGGAAUAGGGAAGACAACACUUGCUAUGGUUUUAAUCGAGAGAAUCUCUCAUCAAUUUGGUGCAUUUUGUGAUAUUAUUGAUGUAAGAAAAAUGUAUGGAUUACAUGGCCCACUUGGUGCACAGAAGCAAAUUCAAAAUCAAAUUCUUGGUGAUAAACACCAUCAAAUGUGCAAUCUCUAUAAUGCAACUAAGUCGAUGCGAAGUAAGCUAUGUCGUAAAAGGUCCCUUUUGAUUCUUGAUAAUGUUGAUCAUGUAGAACAACUAGAAAAAAUAGUUGUGACUCGUGAACUGCUAGGUGAGGGAAGCAGAAUCAUUGUCAUUUCUAGAGAUGAGCAUAUAUUGAAACAGUAUAGGAUGGAUGCAGUUUACCAAGUUCCACUUUUGAAUUGGAGUAACUCUCUUCAAUUAUUGCGUCGAAAAGCUUUCAAAUUUGAUCGUGUUAUUAUGAGUAAUUAUGAAGAGUUGGCGCAUAGCAUACUACAUUAUUCCAAUGGCCUACCACUAGCAAUUGCAACAUUAGGCUCAUUUUUGUAUGGUCGAGAUAUCUCUGAAUGGAGAAGUGCAUUGGAUAGAUUGAGAGAAAGUCCGAACAAAGAUGUCAUGGAUGUGCUGCGAUUAAGUUUUGAUGGGCUAGAGGAAACAGAAAAAGAAAUAUUUCUUCAUAUUGCUUGUUUUUUCAACAUGCAUACGGAGAAGUAUGUUACAAAUGUUCUAGAUUGUUGUGGAUUUGAUGCUGAUAAUGGAUUAAGCCUUCUCGUUGAUAAAUCACUUAUAAGCAUUCAGGAUGAAAUGAUUGUAAUGCAUAACCUGUUGGAAGAGCUAGGCAGAAAAAUUGCUCAAGAAAAUUCAAUCAAAGAGCCAAGAAAGUGGAGAAGGUUGUGGUUCGACGAACAACUCGACAAGGUUAUGAUGGACAAUAUGGAAAAACAUGUUGAAGCCAUAGUUUUGGAUCAUGAAUAUGAUGACUAUAGUGAAGAGGAUGAAGUGGUAGUCGAUAACUUUUCAAAUAUUAGAUUGCUCAUCAUCAAGUAUGUGAAAUUAUCAGGAAGCCUCAAUUAUCUUUCUAACGAAUUGAGAUAUAUAGAGUGGUGCGAAUAUCCUUUCAUGUAUUUGCCAUCAAGUUUUCAACCUAAUCAACUUGUUGAGUUGAUAUUGGAGUAUAGCAGCAUCAAACAACUCUGGGAAGGAAAUAAUCUUCCGAAAUUGAGAACUUUGGAUCUGAGCCACUCCAAAAAUCUAAUAAAGAUGCCAGACUUUGGAGAGAUCCCGAAUCUUGAGCGGUUAAAUCUGGAAAGAUGUAUACAACUUGUAGAGUUGGAUCCAUCUAUUGGGCUUCUAAGAAAGAUUGUUUCCUUGAAUUUAAAAGAUUGCAAAAAUCUAGUAAACAUACCCAACAACAUAUUUGGUCUCAACUCUCUUAAAGAUCUAAAUAUGUCAGGGUGUUCCAAGUUGUUUAACAAUCCAAGGAAUUUGAGUAAAAGAGAGAGUGCAUCACAUUUUCGAUCAACGUCCUCCAACUUCAAAUGGACCAUGAUGCCUUACCAUUCUUGGCUUCCAACUCCCACAACACACAUACAUUUGUUGCCUUGCUUGCUUAGCUUAUCUAGUUUGCGUGAACUUGAUAUUAGUUUUUGUGGUCUACGCCAAAUCCCAGAAGCAAUCAGAUGUCUACGCGGGAUAGAAAGAUUAAAUAUAGGGGGAAACAAUUUUGUGAAACUGCCUUGUCUAAGGGAGCUUUCCAAACUUGUAUAUUUAAAUCUGGAGCAUUGCAAGCUGUUGGUGUCUUUACCUCUGCUUCCUUUUCUUACUGCUCUCGAGCACAGUCUUUGUGUAAACAAGUACGGGAAGGCAAUAGGAUUGCUCAUUUUCAACUGUCCUAAAUUGAGCAAGACAGAUCAAUGUAGUAGAAAAGCAUUUUCAUGGAUGACACAAAUCAUUCAAACUAACAAAGAAUAUCCUGCCUUCUUUGAUAUCGGUAUCGUUACUCCAGGAAGUGAAAUACCGAGUUGGUUCAACAACCAGAGUGCCGGUGAUUCAAUAUCGGUAUCUCCUUUAAAGCAUGAGAAUGACAAGAACAUAAUUGGCUUUGCAUGUUGUGCUGUAUUUUCUGCCGCACCUCGUUAUCCAACAAUGUUAAGAAGUUCUACGCAUAGUCCCCAUGCCGAGAUGACAUUGCGGUUUGCUAAUGUUCAUGGCUAUCCGCUGAUAUACCACAAUUUCUGUCUUCCAGUAAUCCUCGACCGAGAUCUUAUUACAGUCAAAUCAAAUCACAUAUGGCAGAUAAUAAUCCAUUUCCCGCAGGACUGGUCUUAUGAUAUUAUGAACGACAUUAUCCUUGUUCAAGUUGUUAGGGAUGAAUGUUUAGAUGUGGAGGUUACGAAUUGUGGGUAUCGUUGGAUAUAUAAACAGGAUAUACAAGAGUUUAACCUAACAAUGAUGCACCCUGGACAUUCCUUCACUCGGAAGCGCAAGUUUUCGUCUGCGCUUGUCUCUCAUCCAUUUUCAAAACUGUCAAAGUAAUUUUCAGUCCAGGUUGUUAGUCGGUAAUAGGAUAAGAACUAAAGCUAAUUCAAAAGUACAUUGUUAACUUUAAAGUUUUUUUCUUCAUGUAUUGGUUGUAAUAUUCACCAAAGAAUGAUAUACAAUU